UUCCCCUCUUGUCACCAGAAAAUCUACGUGUGUCAGAAGAGUCAUACAACCACUUCAGGGUCUCCUGGGAUCCACCUCAGUCUCCUACUGUGGGAUACAAGAUUGUUUACCAGCCUAUCUAUGUUCAAGGUCCGGUUUUGGAGACGACAGUCGGCGAGGACAUGAAUUCCAUUCUCCUCCUCAACCUGCUGAGUGGGACAGAGUAUAAUGUCCAAGUGACAGCUUCCUACCCUGCAGGACAGAGUGAAACGCUGCUAAUAAAUGGAAAAACAUGUAAGUACUUUGGCCACAAAUGUGUCCCAGUUAAAGCACCACACUUUUCUGCAGACGGAUUCCUCCGUGUGCAACGUCUGCUUUAUCUCCAUUCAUGA